CCUCCUCCUCCUCCUCUCACCUCCCCCCCUCCUGAUCAUCUUCAAGCUGGCGCAUGUACAUCCUCAAAUUACCAUGACUCCCAUGUCGUCGCUCGGUCAUCCGACGCCUACAGGGAGUCUUAAGCGCAAACGACUGUCAGGGGAACAUCACGGUCGUUCGCUGGGAUGGGAAGAUGUCCAAACGCUGGUUGAUGGCGAGCAACGUCCCAUAGUAUGGACCAAAGCGAAUACAAUUCUAUCAGCCCACCCCAGUCAGCCGUACAUCGUCGGCCGCAUCCCCAUUCUCUCCACUUCCGCCGCACCUCAAAAACUGCACCAAUUUACCCUUCCCUCACCAGAUACAAUCGCCCUGAACGCCUCUGACUACUCUCCUGCAUCCAUACUCCUCCUCGCACCGACUGAUAACCAUCUUUUCGCUUACUUCCCCUCUUCCCGCAUGGGCGAGCGGGUGGGCAUCGAGGGCGGGCCUACGACCAACAUGCAGGGAGGGGCUGAGAAUGGCGCUGCGGUGAUAUGGGAACGGAACUUGGAGAGAUCAGUGGAUAGAGCAAGCGAAGUUGAUUGCUGGACCGUGGCGACCGUAUGGGCCGUCUCUCCCGUUGAUGCUGUCGUCGGUGGCAAAUGGAUAGGCCAGGACCGAGACUAUUACACCGUCCCCUCCCCCAGCGCCUCAGGGUUCUCCGUCCUUCGUCCCCCUCCUUCCGGUCCAGAAUCCUCGCCCAACGUGUCACACCUGCUCCUCAUCCUCGCCUCCAACAACCUCCAGCUCUGCACCCGACCAAUCGGCAACAACACCGGGCGCGUGGCACUCGUCCGCUCUCCCCUCGGCCAACCGUAUGAACGAUUCGCGGGCUCUCCGGAUGGCCAAGACGAACUCUCCAAGGCCCACCCACGUUCGGCUCGCGUCCUCCGAGCAGCAAUAGGUUACAUACCGAACGAGCAAGGGGUUCUCAUCGCCACCCAGCUGUCGUAUGUUGGCUCACCCCCAGCACAGGCAGGGAUGAGCCUCUCCCUCCUCGACCCUUCCUUUGGGGACGCUCAGGGGGGACUCGUCCCGAGGCAGCAGGAGGCGGACGUGAGUUCUGUAGGGGAAGCGUGGAGGGAAUCCCUACAGUUAUGCGAGAUUAGGCUGAGACUGACGGGCCACAGAUGGAGUGUGACAUGCUCCCCCCUCGCACCGAUAGCACACGACGCUCCCGCUUCCUCUCAUCUCACGGGCCUGGAUUUCCUUCCCUUAUCGCUCUCGCGUUUAUCCCAGCAGGAAGACAAGGAGGAGGAUAUGUUCACUCCCCCCGAGGCUCCUGCUGAGGAGCAGGGUGAGGAAGAAGAGGCCUUAGGCUUGCUGGCGACGUUCAUCGACUACCAAUACGCGGAUCCCUCGCCUCCGACUAGCACGCUCAGGUUGUGGAAGUUCCAGCGAGAGCCUGUAUCGUUGUGCAGUGCGUUUAUAGACAUGGUCGACGAUCCUUCCAAUUUGCCAGAAAAGGACGAGUUGAUGGAAUGGGCUCCGACGCUACUCGCCUCCCGCACCUUCCCAGACCACGUCAUCAACCUCCUUCCUGAUCCUCGCGGUGCACGCACAGGCAAGCUGCUACUAGGGCUCAUCCACACCGGUCCCGAAGCGCGCCUUGGUAAAUCUGAGAUCCGAGCCCGUAGGGGAGAACUGAGACUCGUACAGUCUCUUUUGCUCACGGACGACCUCACCAGUCGGCCUACGCCCCUGGCAUAUAAACGCGAGUUACCCUUAUCCCUCUCGGCCUGCUGCUCGCCCAACGCCCUAUACGUUACCCUUACUAGCCCCCCACAUGUCCCCCCGCGCACGCUGUUCGCCCCUUACCCGUCCCGCGCCGCCUCCGUGCCUUGGCCUACGAACCCCGACGUGGACCCUCCGGCCGGCGCGUUAGUACAAGCCUUCCUCAACAUCAGUGAUAUGAACGAUGUUGCCCGUGCUCUGUGGCAGCACUCUGCCCAAAAAGAGGCUGUUGUGGACCAACUUCGCUUAUGCUGGGAUACACUCGAUCAAGUGAGGGGUAUGGCGGAGAUGACUGUCCCUUUCACUCCUCCUGCUUCUGCAGCUCAUGUCCCCGAGGCCGGAGCUGCCACUGCAGUCUCAGCAGGGCCGACAACUGCUUCCCCCGAAAUGGCCAAAAAGAGCCCGAGCAAGACUCCCGCCAAGAGCCCAGAAACUGGCACUGGCCCGGGAACAGUAGGCAGCACUGCGGCCGCUAGUACUGGUAGUGCGGGAGCGGGGGUACAGCUCAGUAGGCAGCUGGAACUGGACUGCUCCCCCUGGACUAUCAGGUUUGUGGAGCAUCUUGUAGGGAUAUAUAAGGCCUGCCCGGAUCCGGAGGUCGCUAAGGCUUGGGAGACAUGUUAUGAUAUCACGAAGCUUGUGGCGUGCGAGCGGGCGUUCUUGGUCUCGAGGCAAAAGAGGGAGGAGAAGACAGCGAACGCGGAUGGGACGAGGACGACGAUCGUCAUGUUCGAGACGAAAAAUACAUGGAACCUUAUCGCUUGGAGCGACUGGUUCCUUGACCUUUCUCGGCGUAUCGUCGCCGAUGCGAUCGUCCAGCGGGCCUGGGAACUAUGCGAUGAGCAAGGACCUGAAGAGUCCCCAAGCCUGAAAGCCGGACGUGUGCCUCAUCCCCCCCCCUCGGCCCUGCUCCUCAUGCACCCUAUGAGCCUCCCCCUCAUCGUUUUCACCCUCAAGUAUGUCAGGGAAUUCAUAGAGUGGAUGUCGAAGAUCUCCCCGACGACAGAACAGGCGUAUAUCGUCCAGUGCAGUCUCCAGGAUGCGGUCGAUCGGUGCUUCUUGGAUCUGAAUGCAUUGGAAGAGGUGCUGGGAGGCGUGCAGGGACAGUGCAAAGUGCACUUCGCCAACUCGUCGAGCCCACUUUCCGACUUUAGAGAAGCCUUCAUCUCCGUCUCCGUGCCCAAGUCGUUAUGCCCGUUAUCUCUCGAGAUCGCCCGGUUGCUCACCAGCCAUCCUUCACUGGCUAACAAGGUCGCGCUCCUCAUCUCGCCUUCUGACCUUCUGGAGACCAUGCUUCUCCCUCCAUCCGAUCCGGCAAAGGACGAAGCUCAGCGGGACGUCAUCUCCCGUCUGGCUUUCCGACCUGGGGCCGUCCUGCGUACAUGCCUGAGAUGUGGGGCAAAGAACGAGGCCAGCAGCCCUCAGAAACGCCCACUCAGUAUCAGCUGGAUGUUCUACGAAGAAGCGUUCAACAAAAAGUGCCUGUUCUACUGUAUUCUAUUGUAA